AUGAAGGUGACCAAGGUGGAGGAUGUGGAGGGGAGGAUGGACACUGGCUGGGAGUCUGUGGAUGGUGACGAAGGUGAAGGACUUCUAAAGAAAGUGAAGAUGGAAGAAGAAUUUGACAUGUCGUACUUGGACCGUGAAGAUAUAAAUGAUGAUGUGGUUGGUGUUGACUUUAAUAUAGUCGCAAUACUACAUCAAAACUUACAAAUAACCACCUCCCUGGCUGCACUAACAAUGUUAUGCAUUGUUUGUCAUGCCUUGAAUAUAUUGAAUAUGUUCUCGAGUGAUCCAAGUAGUGUUAGCAAUUUCCUUCCCGACAAAGACCGUCGCAGACAGGAGUUAAUGUCGUACCUGGUGCAUACUACUCAGUGUCGUGACAUUAUUCGGAUGGGUCCAGAGGCAUUUAUUAAUCUUUGUGAGAGAAUAAGAUCAACUGGGUUAGUUAAAGACGCCAUUCGGUCUACAGUGGAGGAACAAGUAGCUCAAUUUCUUUAUAUAGUUGGGCAUAAUGUCAAGAAUCGAAGUGUCGCAUUUUUCUUUCAUCGAUCUGGGGCGACGGUAAGCAAAUUCUUUCACAAUGUGCUGAAUGCUAUUAUAACUCUAGAAUCAGAAUUUUUAACUCAGCCAUCAGGAGAUGAGGUUCAUCCAUAUGUGUUGAACAACAGUCGGUUUUAUCCUUACUUCAAGGAUUGCUUAGGGGCCAUAGAUGGUACUCACGUUCGUGUUAGGGUGCCAAGAGAAGAUGCUCCAAGAUUUCGUGGUAGAAAAGAUUGGCCAACUCAAAAUGUGUUUGCCGCAUGUGACUUUGAUAUGAAAUUCACUUACGUUCUAGCUGGGUGGGAAGGCACAACAUCUGAUUCUAGAAUCUUAAAAAAUGCUCUUGAUCGAGAUGAUCUGUUGGUCAUCCCCCAAGGAAAAUACUAUCUCGGCGACGAUGGAUUUAUGCUGAAAAGUACGGUUAUGACACCAUAUAGGGGCGUCAGAUAUCACCUUAAAGAAUUUUCUCGCAGAGGACCACAAAAUGCAUGA